AUGACAUUACUCUAUUUAAAUUCAUUGUUUAGUAUUAGUGGUAUAGAACCUAUGGAACCCUCAUUGUUAACGUUGUCAAACAAAUCAAAUUUGUCUCAAUCGGAUGAUUUAAGUGUAUCAUCGCAUGUAUUAAAUGUAAAACAAAUUGAUGAUAAUGAAAAUAGUUCAUCGGAAUAUAUUGAUUCGAAAAAUUGUUUAUCUGGACAUCGUAUUGUUGAUAUUUUGUUUUUUAUACAACAAAUACAAGUUCGUCACAGUGGAGGAAUGGACUGCAGUUUUAUUGAUAUGCAGUUCCAAUCAGAAAAAAUUUAUGGAUUUCAUUCUGUUUUUAAUUUUAAGUGCAAAAUGUGUGGUAUAACGUCCAAAAUAUACUCUGCCGAAAAUGCUCAACAACAAUGUGUACCAAUUAAUAAGGCAAUAAUCAGUGGUUGUCAAGCUAUAGGGAUCGGCCAUACCCAAAUGGCCGAGUUUGCUGCAUUUUUAGAAAUGCCUUCACUUUCUUGUACCGGUUUUGUUAAACUACAGAGUGUAGUUGCCAAUUCAAUACAUGAAUCAGCGUGGGAAGAAAUAAGGAAAGCUGGCGAAGAAGAAAAACGAAUUGCAUUAGAAUGUGGAAGUAUAGAUUCUGAUGGCAUUCCCAUGUGCACAGUAAUCGCUGACGGACAGUGGUCGAAGCGUAGCUACAAGACAAAAUAUGAUGCAUUAUCUGGAGCGGUCGCAAUAAUUGGUUUAAAAACACAGAAAAUACUGUUUAUUGGUAUAAAAAAUAAGUACUGUAUAAUUUGCCAAAAAUCAGCAACUAAAAAUGAAAUUGCACCCAAGCAUGAAUGCUUUAUGAAUUGGACUAAAUCAUCAACGAGUAUGGAAGCAGAUGGAGUUGUCGAAGGUUUUAUGAAUAGUAUUACAAUGCAUGGACUAAAAUACAAUCGACUAAUUGGUGAUGGUGACAGCAGUGUAACAAAACGACUCAAUGAUAUUUUACCUUAUGGUCCACAUUUUUUCAUUAAAAAGAUUGAAUGUCGUAAUCAUCUUUUAAGAAAUUAUUGCAGUAAAAUAUCCAUGUUAGCUAAAAACACUAAAUACCCAUUACGAGUGAGAAAAUUUGUUUUGAUAAAUAUCCUUAGAUUUCGUGGAGAUGUUACAAAAUCAGCUAAACAUUGGAGAAAUAAUAAUGGCUUAACAAUGGCACAAAAAAUUAAAGGCCUUCGAAAAGAUUUAGACAAUUGUCUAUAUCACCGAUUAGGGCACCAUUCAAAUUGUGCGGCUUACUUUUGUACUGGGUCAAAAUCGAAUUCUGCAAUAAAUUUAAUCCCAGAAGCCGAAAACGGUGGUAUAUUGAGAGAAAUGAAAAAUUGCAUUUCCAGAUUAGUACUAAAUGCAGAGAGCCUAAUUGAAAACAAAACAAAUAAUAUAUGCGAGCAAUUCAAUGCAAUUAUAAAUAAGCAUGUGGCGGGAAAAAGGUUAAACUUUUCAGGUCGUAGAAGUUAUAUCACGAGAGUUGAAGCAGCGGUGAUUUCAUUCAAUUCGAACCAGUUUUUACGAAAAAUACAUAAGAAAAUGGCAAAUAAUAAUAGUCCAGGCAGACUUGGAUAG